UGCAGCAGCAGCGGCAGGUGCAGCGCGCUGCUGCGGCCACAGGUGUCGCCAGAUCUCCCGGUGAGGCGUCCACAGAGGCAGGCAGCGGGCAGAUGAGCCGCAGCAGCAGCAGCAGCAGCGGGAGGAACCAGCCAGUCCAACCUCCACACUCUCCAUGUUGGAACACAGCAACUUCUCCUCCAGCCGACUCUGACCGUCCAGCGCUGCCCACUACUGCCCCGCCGGCUAACACUCCCGUGCUAUGCCCGCUGGACCGGGGAGGACGCCCGGAAACAACCGCAUGAGCGCCGCCGCCGCCGACACCGAGUGAGACAGGCUGCACCCACAAAGGCUCCUGGAUGCAGUGUCUCCUGCAGCUCAGGUGAAAGAGGACGAGCAGGUUGUCAGGAUGAAGGAGGAGAAUUUGUUCCAUCGGAGGUUUUCUCUGUGCCCCAACGCCACCUCCCCACCCAAAAUUGACCCCCGCACCCUCACCCGGAACUUGUCUUAUGGAGGAGACAACGACCUUUACAACCUCAGCCCAGGCAGUGAGACAGACAGGAACGGUCUCUCCAUGCUGAGUAAUGAACUUAGUCCUGCCCAAUCACCAGGCAGCAAGUCUGAGUCCAGGAUGUUUAAUGGAGUUGAGAAGGACUGUCCCUCCCCCACAGAGAAGCUGGCCCGGAAGGAGUCUCUCAAGGUCCAAAAGCAGAAUUACAGGCAAGAGAAGAAACGGGCAGCUAAAGAACUGUUCAGUGCACUAAAGGAUCCCAGUGUUGUCAUCAUGUCCAACUGGCUAAAGAUCCGAGGCUCUUUAAAGAGUUGGACCAAGUUGUGGUGCGCCCUGAAACCUGGAGUUCUUUUGAUUUAUAAGACCCCCAAAACGGACCACUGGGUGGGCACCAUCCUCCUCAGUGCAUGCAAGCUGAUCGAGAGACCUUCAAAGAAGGACGGUUUCUGUUUCAAGCUCUAUCAUCCGCUGGACAAAUCUAUCUGGGCUAUUAAGGGUCCCAAAGGAGAGACGGUUGGCUCCAUCACGCAGCCUCUACCCAGCAACUACCUAAUCUUCAGGGCUGCCUCAGAGUCGGAUGGCCGAUGCUGGAUGGAUGCCCUGGAGCUGGCUCUCAGCUGCUCCAGUCUCUACAAGCUGACAGCCAAAGCAGGGAGAGAAGGAGAUAUCAGCACAUCUUCAGAGUCCUCUCAUAUACUCCAGCUGCUGCAGUCUACCGCACUCACCGACACAGAGUUGCUACAGUUGAAUGACGCUGUGCUGCUGGGCAAUCACCACAUGGAGCAUGAUGGCUUUUCUGACAAAUCAGAGCGAGAGGCUCACGACGACUGGGACACUACGCCCAAUGAGAACGGUGGACGGCUGACGGAGGAGAGUGACAUGGACCAAUCAGAUGAGGUGUCCCCCGGGCCACAGGCCACAGCCUAUGUAGAGCAGAGCGCAGAGGAGAUGGCUGAGGUUGGGGAGGCGUCCCAGGUUGAAACUGUAUCCGAGGAGAACAAGGGUCUGAUCUGGAGCCUGCUGAAGCAGCUACGGCCGGGAAUGGACCUGUCCAAGGUGGUGCUGCCCACCUUCAUCCUGGAGCCACGUUCCUUCCUGGACAAGCUGGCUGACUACUACUACCACGCUGAUCUGCUCUCACAAGCUGUGCUGGAGGAGAGUGCAUAUGGUCGUAUCAAGCAGGUGUUGAGAUGGUACUUGUCUGGUUUCUACAAGAAGCCUAAGGGUCUGAAGAAGCCUUACAACCCAAUCCUGGGGGAGAACUUCCGCUGCUGCUGGCUUCACCCUCAGACCAACAGCUGCACUUUCUACAUAGCUGAACAGGUGUCCCACCAUCCGCCCAUCUCUGCCUUUUACAUCUGCAAUAGAAAAGAUGGUUUUUCUAUCAGUGGAAGCAUCCUGGCCAAGUCCAAGUUCUAUGGAAACUCUCUGUCUGCUAUUCUCGAUGGAAAAGCGAAGCUGCUGUUCCUCAGCAGAGAUGAGGAGUAUGUCAUCACAAUGCCCUACGCUCACUGCAAAGGUAUCCUGUACGGCACCAUGACACUAGAGCUGGGCGGGAAGGUCACCAUCGAGUGUGAGAAAACCAAAUGUUUCACAGAGCUGGAGUUCAAACUAAAGCCUUUCCUUGGAGGCUCCUGCUCCGUGAAUCAGAUCAGCGGGAAGAUCUUUGUCGGCGAGGAGCUGCUGGCCACUGUUGAUGGACACUGGGACAGCGAGGUGUUCAUUCAUGAAAAGCGCUCAGGCCAGCAGGAGACGCUAUGGAACCCGACUGCAGACAUCCGCAGCAGCCGGCUCAAGAGACAAGUGGUACAGAUCGACCAGCAGGGAGAGUUCGAGUCUGAAAGACUGUGGCAGCAUGUGACCAGUGCCAUCAUGGAUCGGGACCAGAUGCGGGCCACCCAGGAAAAGUUUGUUUUAGAGGAAGCUCAGCGGAGAGAGGCCAGGGAGAGAGGAGACAAACCCUGGAGCUCACGACUUUUCCAUCAGGACCCCAUCACCUCCGAGUGGACCUACAGGCACAUGGAAACGCGGCCGUGGGACCCUGAGCACUGCCUGGUUCAGUUCGAGAAGGACGGAGUGAUUCAGACGCAUAAGAAACGGCAGAGACAACACAGUGAACUGUCGUACAGUCACAGCUGGACCAGCCAACAGAAGGCUGAGGUGAACGGGAAGCACAGGAAGGCGAGCAGCCAACCGUCCAGCUGCAGCCAGAACACAGAGAGCAGCAGCACCACACCUGAACCCACACAAGAGUCAUCAGACAAUGAAGGGUUUUCGAGCCAGUGUGCACGGUGCAGUAAAGAGGUAAAGGACAUCGCCCUGAUAGAAGCCUCCAUCACAUCCAUACAGAAUACGCAGCAGGAUAUUCAGAGGAACCUGGUGGUCCUGAGUCGUCAGCUGGCUCUUCGGAGGGAGACAGAGAACAGCGUCUCGUUAACAGGCCGUCACUGUCUCAUCCUCUGUGUUCUGCUCCUCUCUCAGCUCCUCCUCAACUACGUCUUCACCUGAGCCUGCUCCUCAGGGAGGGAGUUUCCUUCCAGCACUGAUUUGACAUGAGAUCCUUCCAGAAAGCACAGACUCUAAUCAGCAGUGGGGGCAAAGACCUCAGAUCAGUGUCAGGAGGGGAACUUUGUCCCGCUUGUUUCCUCCGCGAGGGGAGGAGCACAGACAUUAUAGCAAUAAACACAGCCACCGCCUGUCAGUCACCUGCUGAGAGGAACGGCACCCCCUAGUGUAGCCAGACUGAAAGAGCACCGGCACCCAAGCACUUUGGACAGGAAAUGAGGAAUGAGAGACGAGCUCGGCUUAAAAAGAUUUAGAUAAUGAAGAUGAAAUGUAUGAAGAAGAAUGAUUUCACAAAAAGAAAUGACAGAGAGGAUGUUUCACCAUUCCUUAGUGUCUUUUUAUAUCACCCUGUAAUACUGUAUAUCUGUGAGUGUGCUUGUAUGUGUGUUGUCCGUAUCUACAGUAGGGCCCUAUGGGUGCAGGCAGAUCACCGCUCCUUCUCCCCUUCCACUCCAGAUUUUUGGGCCUUAACGCUGAAGCCAAAAAAAAAAGAAGAAGAAGAAGUAAAACGCAACUUGUACAAACGAA